AUGGCAGAUCGAUCCCACUACACUUACCGUGCCAAUAUAGCCCGGCGCCGCACGAGGGAAUUUGUCGUGAGAAGCGACUCGGGCCCCAAUGGGCAGCACCGAACUGCGUCCGGGCGACAUGCUGGGGACGACUAUCACGGCGAAACACACGCUCGAAGGACGGUCUAUGAGGAGCGUAUUGUGAUUGACCCUGUGCCGAAGAAGCCGCCGGUCCCACCAAAGAAACCACAUCUGAUUAAGAAACCGGCCGUUGUGAAGGCUGGAACUUCUGGUGUUCCUGUCGCGCUAAAGUUGUCUGGACUUUGGGGCUCGGGAGAGGAACUUACGGUUGGCAGAUUUCCUUCAGGUGGGCUCUUCCUGGAUAGAAAGGUGACACGGUAUGGGAAACCGCCUCCAGUUCGGCUGCCGCCAUCAGAUUCGAGUUCUGAUAGCAAUUGA